GCGUCCGCCUCUCCAGAAACUUCUCCAUCUAUUGCUUCUCUCUCUUUUUUUAUUUUUAUCAUUUCUGCGUUUUGUUAGAUGGAGAUUGAACCACCUAUAACUCCGUAAAUUACACAAAGGAGCGUUGAUCUCUUCUUAAGAUGUCGUACUCCAAAAGGUCAAAGGAUGCUUGCUCUCCUUCUCCAUGCAAGCGAUACAGCAGGUCCGUGUCGAGAUCUUUGUCGGUGUCAAGGUCGAGAUCAAGGGAGAGGGACAGGUCAAGGAGCCCCACAAGUGACGUGGAAAACCCUGGUAACAAUUUGUAUGUGACAGGACUGUCACCACGUAUCACCAAGAGAGAUCUUGAGAAGCAUUUUGCCAGUGAGGGAACGGUGAUCGAUGUUCAUCUGGUGGUUGAUCCAUGGACGAGAGAAUCUCGUGGAUUUGGUUUUGUAACAAUGUCCACUGUUGAUGAGGCUGAUAGCUGCAUCAAGUAUUUGAACCACUCUGUUCUUGAAGGCCGUGUCAUUACAGUGGAGAAGGCUAAGAGGCGGAGAGGACGAACUCCUACUCCUGGAAAGUAUUUGGGGCUGAGAACUAUUCGUGUUCGACGCUGGACACCUAGUUAUUCUCCUCGUCGAUCACCCAGCUACUCUCCUUAUCAGAGGAGCAGGAGUCAGUCACCUUAUUAUUCAUCUGAACGCAGUAGGAGCAGGUCAUAUUCUCCUCACUACAGCAGGCGCCGAUCCAACUCUCCUUAUUACCGUCGACGCAGAUCACAUUCUCCCUACUACUAUAGCAGGCGCAGAUCGUACUCCAGGUCUCCUUACAGUAGGUCCCCUGUAAGUAGGCAUGAUCAUUCACACUCUCCUUAUGAUUCUAGAUAUUAUUCACCAGAUGAUCGUUACUAUAGAAGACAUCGUUAUCGCUCGAUUUCCUGGAGUCCUAGCCCACAGAGGACAAGGAGAAGCUCAAGGAGGAGCUACUCAAGCACCAUUUCACCUAGCCGAAGAAGGGGCUCAAGGAGGAGCUACUCACACAGCAUUUCUCCUGCAUCAAAAAGAAGCUCAAGGAGGAGUUGCUCUGGAAGCCUUUCCCCAAGAGUGGGGAAGAGCACAAAGAGGAGUUACUCUAGUAGCCUUUCCCCAAGAGUGGGGAAGAGCACAAAGAGGAGUUACUCUAGUAGCCUUUCUCCAAAGGGAAGGAAGAACUCGAGGAGAAGAUACCAUGGUGGCUCGUCUAGGAGCCCAAGCGUGAGUUAUAGCUCUGGGUAUGUUUCUCGGUCUGUUACCCCUAGGUCUGCUUCUCCAUCAUAUUGAGAGGAAGUGGAAGUGUGUGCUAGUGAUCGCUCUGUAGGAUCGGUGCCAUGCCCUAUGAGGUGUUCUAGUCUUGGCAUGAUAAACAGUUUAGUGUACUUUUUUAAAUCAACUGCAACUCUUAUUAUUAAUAACUGCGGCAUACGAUUUGCUA